CACAAUUGUCAUUUCAUUUUGCAAGAAAAAAGUUGGAAUUGUCUGAUAAAAGUCACAGUUAUAUUUAGUUUUUAUCCCACGGCAGAAAUGGGCUUCCACACUUUACGGUAGGUAGUUUUGUUUUCGACACGUUUGCUGUAGUCACAACGUGAAUAAUGUCACAUAGCAGCAUGCUGAAACUGAAGUAAAAUAAUUGAUGUCAGCAUGCAGUGAUAUCGGUUACAAUAACUUUGCAGGAAGGUUAUUUGGAUUUGAAGAGCACAGCUAAAAACAAAAGCUUAUCUAACACAAGGCUUUAGUUCAGGGGUGUUAACAUCACAUGAGCACUGUGUGUGUGUGUGUGUGCGUGUGUGAGUGUGUGUUUCUGACACGUUUGGAGUCAGAACUGAAAUACCACAAGAUAAGAAUCACUCCAGUUUUGUUUGGUUUGUAAACAACGACUUAGUUACGUCCGUAGCCCCGCCCACGUUUCCAUGAACUCAAGCAGCAGUAGGCGGAUCCCGAAGAGAACCGGAGGCGGGGCUUUAUUAGUCAGUGACUGACAGAUGUAAACACUGUUGCCAUGGUGAGCACUUGUGUUGUCUCAGUGACCCUGAAUGGCCUUUGAUCUCCUAAAUCUCACACACACUGUGUGAUCUGGAUGUGAAGGUGAAGAUCUCAACAGAAUCAGCAGCGGCAGGAGAGUGUGAGAGAUUUAGUGAUAUCCAGGGUGCACGAUGCCUCCUCCUGUCGGACCGCCAGCCGUUCCGCCUCCAGACGGUGGGUGGGGCUGGGCUGUGGUGGGCGGGGCUUUCAUCUCCAUCGGAUUCUCUUACGCCUUCCCGAAGGCCACGACGGUGUUCUUUAAAGACAUCCAGAGGAUCUUCGACGCCUCGUACAGUCAGGUGGCCUGGAUCUCCUCCAUCAUGUUGGCCGUCAUGUACGCUGGAGGUCCCAUCAGCAGUAUUCUGGUGAACACGUACGGCUGCCGUCCCAUCAUGAUCUUGGGCGGCUUUCUGUGCGCCAUCGGCAUGAUCAGCGCCUCCUUCUGCAACAACGUCGUGCAGCUCUACAUCUGCAUCGGCGUCAUCGGAGGCUUCGGUCUGGCCUUCAACCUGCAGCCGGCGCUCACGAUGAUCGGGAAGUACUUCUACAAGAAGCGUCCCAUCGCUAACGGCUUCGCCAUGGCCGGCAGUCCCGUGUUCCUCAGCACGCUGGCGCCGCUCAACCAGUAUCUCAUCAACGAGUACGGAUGGAGGGGAAGCUUCCUGAUCCUCGGCGGGCUCCUGCUCAACUGCUGCGUGGCCGGCGCGCUCAUGAGGCCCCUGGUGGCCCCGCCGAACCCGGCCAAAGCGCUGGAGGAGAAACCGGCAGCGGUCAAGACGGAGAAGACCACGGCCUGGCAGACGGUCAACAAGUACCUGGACCUGUCGCUCUUCAAGCACCGCGGCUUCCUCAUCUACCUGUCGGGAAACGUCAUCAUGUUCGUGGGAUUCUUCGCGCCGAUCGUCUUCCUGUCGCCGUACGCCAAAGACAACGGCGUGGACGAGUAUCAGGCGGCCUUCCUGCUGUCCAUCCUGGCUUUCGUGGACAUGUUCGCUCGGCCGUCCAUGGGUCUGCUGGCCAACUCGCGCUGGGUCCGGCCUCGCAUCCAGUACUUCUUCAGCUUCGCCGUGCUGUAUAACGGCGUGUGUCACCUGCUGUGUCCGCUGGCCGAGAGCUACAGGGGGAUGGUGGUGUACGCCAUCUUCUUCGGCUUCGCCUUCGGCAUGGUGAGCGCCGUCCUGUUUGAGACGCUGAUGGAUCUGGUGGGAGCGCAGAGGUUCUCCAGCGCAGUGGGGCUCACCACCAUCGUGGAGUGCUGUCCGGUGCUCAUCGGGCCGCCGCUGGCAGGGAAGUUAGUGGACAUCACAAAGAACUACAAGUACAUGUACCUGUGCUGCGGAUCCGUGGUGGUCCUGUCCAGCAUCUGGCUCUUCAUCGGCAACUUCAUCAACUACCGGCUGCUGGAGCGCGAGCGCAAACGAGAGGAGGUGUACAAACGCACCGACCGCGAGGAGCAGGAGCAGACGGAGACCCACGCGGAAGCGGACGGGGACGCGGACGCCGAAGCGGCGCAGCAGCUCUGCGAGGACAAAGACGGCGCCAUGCAGCGCGAAACCAACAUCUGAACGCCUAUGCAAUCGGUGCACUCUGAAGACACUGCCAAAGCCAACCGGUCACGUUUAGAGGCUUUAUUAGACGGCCAAAUCAGCAGAACUGUAGAGAUAAACGCGCACUUUGAUAUAGACGGCCUUUAUAGCUUGGUAUGGGUCUUUUCUCGCGGCUCAGGUUCAGCAAACGUCUCUAUCUGACGGCCAAACGCCAGGCGUCCAGCUCGUUCCAGUGCAUUUUGGCGUCUGAAUGUAAAUCUGGGUGUGUUUGUGAUGUUUUAGGGCCUUACGAAUGCGUUCCUGACCAAAAUCACUUCUGAAGAUCAGUACCAAAUCUAGAGCUUCAAGCAAUAUAUGAUUUCCACCAGACGUCCUCAGGGCAAACACUCGUUCAGUUCUGUUUUGGGGGUUAUUUUUACACAGGGUAUUUGAGUUUGACGUGACUCUGUGCUCAGUUCGAGAGUGACGCUGUCAACAACACUCUCCGACUCAUGAUGUAUUGCCUUAAAUACAAAUGUAAGCAUCUAUUAUUCUAACUGUGUAUAUAUUACUCUAUUUAAUGUAUUUGAUGAUGUACAUUUACUAAUCAGUUGGACAGAGGCUGAAUAAUUGAACAAAUGUACUGUAUGAAAUGUAUGAAAGCCUGUUUCUGCCAUGAAAUAAAAAAUAAAAGAGCAAUUGCAACAUUUUAGCUCACAAUUCUGAGUUUAAUUCUCACAAUUUUGAGUUUAAAUCUCAUAAUUCUGAGUUCACAUGUUUUAAGUUUAUAUUUUAAAAUUCUGAGUUUAAAUUUAACGAUUUUUAAUUGAAAUCUCACAAUUGUUUAAAUCUCGCCAUUUUAGUUUAUUUCUCAUAAUCUCAUAAUUCUGCGUUUAUAUCAAAAUUCUGGGUUUAAAUAUGACAAUCUGAGUUUUAUCUCAUAAUUCUGAGUUUAAAUUUGACUUUAUAUUUUAUAAUUCAAAUAUAUCUUUUAUAGUUCAAAUGUGACGAUUUGAGUUUAUAUCUCAAAAUUCUGACUUUAAAUUUGACGAUUUUGAAUGUAAAUCUCACAACUGAGUUUAUAUCUCAUAAUUCUGAGUUCAUAUUUGACAAUUUGAGUUUAUAUUUCACAAUUCUGAGUUUAAAUCUGAUGAUUUGAGUUUAUAUCUCAUAAUUCUGAUCUUAAAUCUUGCAAUUUUAGUUUAUGUCUCAUAAUUCUGCGUUUAUAUCAAAAUUCUGGGUUUAAAUCUCCCAAUUUGAGUUUUUUGUAUCUCACAAUUCUGAAUUUAAAUUUGACUAUUUGAGUUUAUAUCUCAAAAAUCUGAGUUCAAAUCUUACUUAAUUUUGAAUUUAAAUCUCACAACAACUCUCGCAAUUUUAAGUUUGAAAUUCUGAGGUUUUUUUUCUCAGAAUUGAAAGGAAAAAAGUCAGAAUUGUGUGGUUAAAAAGUCAAAAUUACCUUUUUAAAAGUUUUAUUCUGUGGCAGAAACAAGCAUCAGCUGCAUUACAUUUAUUUUCGUUAAAGCCCAUGUUGUGUUUAUAUGAGACGUUUGUUCACUUUUUUAAGUCCAUGAGCACCAGAGAUAUUAUUAGCAUCAUUAAAUUAUUAUCCUUACUGUAGUACAGAUGAAUUAUAACGCUGGAAUGAAGAUGUUGCGCUAUUUAUAGCAUGUAAAUAACUAAAACCACUAAUGAUAUUAGUUCAUGUGAUUGAUGAUUAUGUUUUGUAUCAUAUUUUGUAACAUUUGUUGUCAUGUUUGUCAGGAGACGCAGAAACUGCCACUGCAACACACUCUUCGUUCACAUACAUGCAGUUAUGAUUAUGAUUAUUGUUAUCAAUUUUAAUGACAAUAUUGUUUUUUUUUUAAAUUGUCAUGUUCAGAAAGUUAGCUAACAAAUGUAAGGAGUUUAACUCGAUCUUUAGCCUCUCGUGACUUAUGUCACACAGAUGUUAUUAAAUCAUUCUGUGUUCAGUUGUUUGGUUCUGGAUGUACUCAGAUUUGCAAUUAAACCACAAUAUUUGGAAGAAGCCUUGA